GAAACCCAGGAGGUGAGCGUUGUGGAUUUUAUUGAGUUAUAAAGAGGAUGUUAAUAUUCGCAUUGACAGCAGCUGCAAUUGCGGUUCAAGAAAAUGGCCGCGGUUCCUGUUGUCAGAACUCUUUUCAGUCUCCGCCAGUCACUGCCGUUGAAAUGCAGCCCGUGCCUCCGUCUGGUACAAGUGACCUGUUACUGCCGUCCAAGGGGUAUUAGUCUCAGGGGUUUUUGCACUGUUACCCCAAAAAUCAACGAGCCCAACAAGUCUGUGCCGGGCACAGAGAAUAAAUCUCUGCUCGAGAGCCUUUGUCUCAUGGGGGUGGAUGUAAAGAUGGCACGCCAGCGCCAACCCGGGGUGCUGCGAAAAACCCUCACAAAUGAGCGAGGCGUUGGACAGUUUCUGCAGAGCAAAGGCGCCAGCCCAAAAGUGAUUGCCAGCAUCAUAUCUCGCUUUCCCCGCUCCAUCACCCGCUCGGUCAACCACUUGGAACAGCGCUGGGAGCUGUGGAGAAACAUUUUCGAGAGUGACGAGGAGAUUGUGAGCAUCCUGGACCGCUCACCUGAGUCUUUCUUUCGCUCCAGUGACAAUGAAAACUUGGAACAAAACAUCUUUUUCCUGAUCUCAAUAGGAAUUGACAAAAAGAGCAUCCACCGGCUGGUGACUAGAGCGCCACGGACCUUCUCUAAUAGUGUAGAGCUUAAUAAACAGAUGGUGUGGUUUCUGCAGGAUGUCUGUGCAAAACUUGGUGGAGAGAAUCCGGAGCAGUUCGCCAAAACCAUCGUAACAAAAAAUGUCUACAUUUUAAUUCGAAGCAUCAAGAGAGUCCAGAAAAACAUUGACUUCUUGAAAUAUUUACUCAAGCUGAGUGAUUCUGAACUCUCAUCUUUUCUUCAAGGCCCAGGGGCAGAUAUCCUGGACCUUUCCAAUGAGUAUCUCAAAAACAACUUCAAAAACCUUGAACAGAAGAUGGCUCUCUUUGGUUGUUGUAAAGCCGACAUAAGAAAACUCAUAGUCACCUAUCCUAUCGUGCUGUAUAUCGGGUCAGUGACACUGAAUGCCAAAUUGGAUUGCCUGCUAAAUGGAGGAAUAACAAUAAAGCAAAUAGUGGAAAAACCUAAGAUUCUGGAUUACAGCACACGGAAUAUUACAGGGCGUCUACAAGAGUUGGAGAGGGUGGGAUAUGACUUUAAAAAGAAUGGCAUCAAUAUCUUGAACACUAGUCAAAAGCGGUUUGAUGCAAAUAUGGGAAAACUUGUCUCUGUAGUUCACUGAAUGGAUGCUAUAAUGUUGAACAGUAUGUAGGAUGUCACAGUUCUUUCAGCCCAGUUCAAGGAUAACUGAGUUGAUGAAUAGAAAUGUUUAAAAUAAAAUG